AUGUUACACCUCAUACAUCGACCUUUCGAGGUGCUUUCGGCGAGACUUGGAGCAUCACCAGACGAACUCAAGCUCAUUUUUUCCUUUCUGUUGUCAUACCCGUUGGCAGGGCUCCUGAAACGUGUCCCGGAUGCGAAGCCUUAUCGGAAGAAUCUGUUCAUAAUAGGAACGUCCAUCUUCUACCUGGUUGGCCUCUUUGAUCUAUGGGAUGGUGUUGUAACCAUAGCUAUUACCGCUACUGGCCCCUAUCUGAUUGCUAAAUACCUAAGAAGCAGUCACUAUAUGCCAUGGAUCGGCUUCAUGUUUGUCAUGGGCCACAUGUCGGUUAGCCAUAUCAGACGCCAAGCUGCGAACAGCCCCUCGACGAUUGACAUCACCGGGGCGCAAAUGGUCAUGGUGAUGAAAUUGAGUGCCUUUUGCUGGAAUGUCGCUGAUGGCCAGCUACCCGACGAGCUCUUAUCAGACUCCCAAAAGGAGAGGGCGCUGAGGGAGCUUCCACCCGUUCUGGACUAUGCAGGCUAUGUUUUGUUUUUCCCCUCACUAUUUGCCGGACCAGCUUUUGACUAUGCCGACUAUCGGCGAUGGAUCGACACCUCAAUGUUUGAUGUGCCACCGAAUGUCGACCCAUCCAAGAAACCUCCUGCUAGGAAAAAGAGAAGGAUACCUCGAAGUGGCACUCCAGCCACCUUCAAGGCUCUAGUUGGGCUCUUUUGGAUUGCCAUGUUUGUUGCUCUGUCCACAAGAUAUGGCCACGAGCAGCUACUCGGGGAGUCAUACAUGAGGCAUGCAUUCUGGAGCCGAGUUUGGAUCAUGUACAUGGUCAAUCUGGUGACUAGGCUGAAGUACUACGGCGUUUGGACAUUGACUGAAGGAUCUUGCAUCCUUGCUGGAUUGGGUUACAAUGGGGUCGACCCUGUUACCGGGAAGGUUUCCUGGAAUCGCCUUCAAAACGUCGACCCAUGGGCUGUAGAGACCGCACAAAACCCUCGCGGCUACUUAGCAGGAUGGAACAUGAACACAAACAACUGGCUCCGCAACUAUGUGUAUCUUCGGGUCACUCCAAGGGGAAAGAAGCCGGGUUUCCGUGCCAGCAUGAUGACAUUUGUUACCAGUGCGUUCUGGCAUGGGUUCUAUCCAGGCUACUACUUGACAUUCGUCCUCGCCAGCCUCAUUCAAACAGCUGCGAAGAAUUUCCGACGCCUAGUUCGCCCCUUCUUCCUCGAUCCCGUAUCUGGUGGUCCGUCGCCUAAGAAGAAAUACUACGACGCGGCAAGUUUUGUUGUGACCCAGCUGACCUUCUCGUUUGCGACCACUCCCUUUCUCGUCCUCAGUUUCACGGAUUCUAUCCGCGCAUGGUCCCGUGUCUACUUCUACGGCGCCCUCUGGACCGUCAUGGGCCUUGUGUUUUUUGCCUCGCCGGGCAAAGCAGCGUUGAGAAAGGAACUGGAGAAGCGCCAAGGCAGGGCGAACGCGAAAUUAACUCGCUCGAUCAGUUCCGAGAGUCUGACUGGCAAAGACCCAAUCCUGGGGAUUUCCAAGGAUCCCGAACGUGAUGUGACAGAAGCAAUGGCAGAAAUCAGGGCCGAGGUGGAGGCACGACAGAAGAAGCUUGCAUAG